AUGGAGGCCCUGAGGCCCGCCUUUGGCCCCGCCCACACCCGCCUGGGCCGGAUCCUGGACGGAGAGACCCUUCACACCCCAGAGGGACGGACCCUGGUCUUUGUCUCCCAUCCCAUCGCCAGUGCUGCCCUAUUCAUCUGGACCUCGCCCUCCCUUGAGUCGCCCCCAGGAAGGAUGCUGGCGGCUUUGCUGAUGGCUCUCAGCUACCUCGGCCUCCAUGCCCUCUGGCAGGCCCAGGCUGUUCCCAUCCUGCCCCUGGGCCUGGCUCCAGACACCUUCGACGAUGCUUAUGUGGGCUGUGCCGAGGAGAUGGAAGAGAAGGUGGUCCCUCUGCUGAAGAAGGAGAUGGCCCGCCACGCCCUGCUGCGGGAGUCCUGGGAGGCAGCCCGGUGGGCCUGGGAGCACAAGCGCCCAGGGCUCCCCUUGCCCCCUGGCUUCAAAGCACAGCAUGGAAUCGCCGUCAUUGUCUAUACCAACUCAUCUAACACUUUGUACUGGGAGCUGAACCAGGCGGUGCGGACCGGUGGCAGCUCCCGGGAGUUCUACAUGAAGCACUUCCCCUUCAAGGCCCUGCAUUUCUACCUCAUCCGGGCCCUGCAGCUGCUGCAGGGCAGUGGGGGCUGCAGCAAGGGACCCGGGGAGUUGGUGUACCGAGGCAUGGGCACCCUCCACUUUGAACCCAAGAGACUGGGUGACUCUGUCCGCUUGGGCCAGUUUGCUUCCAGCUCCCUGGAUGAGGCAGUGGCCCGCAGAUUUGGGAAUGCCACCUUCUUCUCUCUAAGGACUUGCUUCGGGGCCCCUAUCCAGGCCUUGUCUGUCUUUCCUGAGGAGCGUGAGGUGCUGAUCCCCCCACAUGAAGUCUUCUUGGUCACCAGGUUCUCCCAGGAUGGAGCCCAGAGCCUGGUGACUCUCUGGAGCUAUAAUCAGACCUGCAGCCACUUUAACUGCGCCUAUCUGGGUGGGGAGAAGAGACGCAGCUGUGUGUCUGCACAAGCAGGAGGGGAGCCAGAUUCCACCUCCAAGGGGGACUUCUCUCUGCUUUCCUGGAAGACCCUGCUCUUGGCCCCUGAAAGCCCAUUGUCUGCCACGAGGAGUCCUAGGAACUCAUGA